AUAGAAAAAUGAUCAUUUCGCCCUUAUGCAGUAAAUUUUAAAGUAAUUACAGAUCAUUAAAACUGUGGUACUGUAAGAUUGUUAACUAUUGGUUUCACAAAGUUAUAAAAGUUUUACAAAGCUGUCUUUGCAGUAAUACUGAUGCACACAAACCUUUCUUCUUUUUUUUCCCUAAAUUCAUAUCAGGGGGAACAUGUGGUAUUUGUCUUUCUGGGUCCAGAUUAUUUCACUCAACAUGAUGACAUGAUGUGCUCCAGCUCUGUCCAUUUUGCUGCAAAUAGUAGAAUUUCAUUCAUUUUAUGGCUCGUAACAACAAUCUUCAGUAUCAAGCUUUCACUAAAAUGUGAAGACGAGAGGCUCAGCAGCAUUGAAGUGGAAGUAUCAGAAAUGCUGUGUGAGUGUGCCGCUCCUGCUGGUGACAGUGAUGAUGGUGGAUUCAUCCCACAGAGAAAGCAUAGACAUCCUGAAAAGAAGCAGUUGCCUAUUAAGGAGGAUGGAGAAUAUUGAGUGAGAGAACAGGAAAACAAUCCCCAGAGUUCUCUCUCAAGCCAAGAGAAUGCAAAAAAACUGCAAGAUGAAAUGCAACUGAUUCACCUUUGCCAAAAAAAAAGGAGGUAGACAUUCCACCAAAGGAAGAGAAUUAUGAGGUCUCCAAAAAAUGACCUAGUUGAUAACAGUGUCUCUUGUGUUCAGCUUAUUGUCUGAUUUGAAAGGAGUGAGGAGCUUUGUCAAAGGUGUCAACGAUGGCCAGCAGGGGGCACCAGAACAUCCACCUGUGCAAAUCCUGCUCUACUGUAUGGACCACAUCACUUUUCCAAAAGUCAAGAUCUCAGAUAGCCAGCUUGAGUGGAGGUUACAGCCAAAUAGAAUGGCUUGCUCCCGAAGAUUUUGACAUUCAGAGGCCUGGAUGGUUAGGACAUCAACAUAUGAAUUUGCUGCUGGGCACAACUCAACCAGUGAUGUUCCAUGAAAGAAACUACCGAAAAGGAAAAAGACCAAAGCAAGAUUUCUAAGUGGUGGGAUUUAGAAAGAAGGGAAGAGAUGUACCUUAGGACAUUAGCUACAAGCUUGACCGCUCUGCACUGGGCCUGUGCAAAAGGCCACCAAGACAUGGUAGCUUUCCUCAUAAGCCAAAGAUGUCUACUUGAUCCGCAAGAUAAAAGGGCUGCAACACCGCUGAUAAAGGCUGUACAGUGUCCCGCUGAGAACUGUGCUACACUCUUACUGGAUCAUGGGGCUGAUCCAAAUAUUGAGGAUGAAAUUGGCAACACUGCUCUCCACUAUGUGGCCUACGGAGAAAAUAUAAGAAUAGCCGAAAAGCUGCUUUCCAGCAAUGCAGAUAUCGAAAAGAAAAAUAAGACUGGCCUCACACCACUGUUAGUGGCUAUUCAACAAAACCAAGAAACUAUGGUUAAAUUUUUAAUAUUACAGAAUGCAGAUGUUUUUGCAGUUGAUAAUCUAAACAGAACAUCCCUCAUGUUUGCGGGACGGUAUAGUACGGAAAACAUAGUACACAUGCUUCUUGAACUAGGGGUUGAUGUGCUUUCUGAAGACAUUGCUGGACAUUCUGCUAGGGAUUAUGCUCUUCAAAAACGUAAUAUGCAAAAUUACCAACUCAUUUCGUUGUUUCGAGAAAAUGCUGCACUUGAGAAGAUUGUAAAUAGAAAUCCAGAUGAUGAGCAUUCUAAAGAAUAUAGAAAAAGGCUUUUGGAAAUACCUGAUGUUAAUCAUGAACUGCUUAUAUCAUAUGAGGAAGGCCUCAAUUCAUUUGCCAAGAAAGACUUAAUUCCAGGACAUACAACUGCCAUCAUUCACAGUGCACCAGAAGAGCAACCCAAUAACGACAGAAUAACUCGUGUUCAUGGAGUCCAUGAAGAUAACAAAUGUGGAGCAGAAGAUGAAGCUAAAGAAUCAACUUCAGACCCUGAGGAAGGAACGUCAACUAUAGCGGGUAAGAAGAGUAAAAAAUGUUUUUUCAUCACUCAAGUUGCUCCACAACAGCCAAUUAAUAAACAUGGGCUGGACUCUGAUCACGCAUUGGACAAAGAUAACAAACGUAGUAAGGAGUCUACCUCCCAAAGAGAUCCUGAAGACAACAACUCACCAAGGAAUUCGAAGGAAGGAAUGUCAACCUUAGCGAGUAAGAAGGGCUUAAAAGAUAUCGCCAUCACUCAAGUUGCUCCACAACAGCCAAUUAAUGAAUAUGCGUUCAACUAUGAUCGUGGAUUGGACAAUGGUAACAUGGGUAGUAAGGAGUCUACCUCCCAAAGAGAUCCUGAAGACAACAACUCACCAAGGAAUUCGAAGGCAGGAACGUCAGCUGUAGCGGGUAAGAAGAGUAAAAAACGUUUUUUCAUCGCUCAAGUUGCUCCACAACAGCCAAUUAUGAACUCUGAUCACGGAUUGGACAAAGAUAACAAACGUAGUAAGGAGUCUACCUCCCAAAGAGAUCCUGAAGACAACAACUCACCAAGGAAUUCGAAGGAAGGAAUGUCAACCUUAGCGAGUAAGAAGGGCUUAAAAGAUAUCGCCAUCACUCAAGUUGCUCCACAACAGCCAAUUAAUGAAUAUGCGUUCAACUAUGAUCGUGGAUUGGACAAUGGUAACAUGGGUAGUAAGGAGUCUACCUCCCAAAGAGAUCCUGAAGACAACAACUCACCAAGGAAUUCGAAGGAGGAAUCCUCUGCAGAACCUCUAAAGAGGGAAGAAGUUGCAGUGCCUAUCUCCGGAAUAAGUGAUGAAGCUGUAGAAUCACCGUGGGAUUCUGAGGAAGAAACAUCAAGUGGAAAGGGUGAAGGUCGUGCUGCCACUGGAGGUGUCCCAGAAGGAGAUAUUCUGGAUUAUUUCCUGUCAUGUAGUUGGGCAAGGAUAGCCAAAGAGAGAAAAGCGUCAAUGGCAUCAAGUGGAGAUACUGAAAAGGAUGUGGCUGUCAGUCUAAGUGCCCAAGAGCAUGCAAAGGACACAUUAUCUGGUAUUGCUGGAGUGCCAGAAGACAAAACUAUUGAUAUGCCUGGCUUCAGACCAGAUGAUGAGCCUUUAAAAUACUCCUUAAAGUCUGAGGCAGGAACGUCAGCUGUAGCGGGUAAGAAGAGUAAAAAAUGUUUUUUCAUCACUCAAGUUGAUCCACACCAGCUAAUUAUGAACUCUGAUCACGGAUUGGACAAAGAUAACAAACGUGGUAAGGAGUCUACCUCCCAAAGAGAUCCUGAAGACAACAACUCACCAAGGAAUUCGAAGACUAUUUCUACAAAUUCUUGGAAGGAAUCCAUUAAUCAAUCAAUGGCAGCAGAUGCAAAAGGAAAAGAUAUGAAUGAACCACUGGAAGAGUUUGCUAAGGGAUCCACUGAAUUGACGCCUCGUCUGGAAGCAAUACAUCCCUUUUUGGCAACAUCAGUGGGAAUGAAUGAAGUACAAACAUGCAGACAAGUUACAGGCAGAAUCAAGUUAAAACCAAUACCAAAACAUCUCAAGAGGCAUUUCCUUCCUCACUGCAAUACUAAUCAAUAUAAAAGCACAGAACUUGAGUUAAAAAAUGUCAAGUCUUCUCCAACAAAUAAUGACAUUAAAACAGCACCCAAGGAAGAACAAGAAUGGCUUGAUGGAAGUGAAAAUAAGCAGUUUGAAGAAAAAGGGCAGCGUUGCCAAAGUAAGGAAAUGGAAGUGUUAAGAAACUUGCAUGAAAGUGCUGCUCCUCCUGAGGACAGUGAUGGUUGUGGACUGAAUCAGCAGAGACAGAGUGGGGACCUUGACAACCAGCAAUCUGCCACUAAGAAGAGUGAAGAAUAUUAUUCCUGCCCUGCCUUGCAUAUAAAGGAAAUAAAAAAUGAAAAUGAAAAAGUGACUUCCAUGGAGUAUGGGAUUAGACCAGUGUUUGAGAAUGGCUUUUCACUCACUAGAAGUCUACUGCAAGUGAUUUAUGACAACAAUCUGAGUGAGCUCGAUCGUCUUAAAAGGGAACAGUUAAGAAGAAAAGAAAAGCAAUAUCAUAAAGAAGAAGUGAAACAAGAAGAAGUGACACAUAGAACACUAGAAAUGGAUGUGAGGACUUCAAAAAACAAUUUGACCCAGUUCCAAGAAUCAGAAGAUGAACAAAAGGCGGUGGUACAAAACACUGAGAAAAUUCAGGAUCAUCUGGAAAAGCAUGAUCAGGAAAAUCGUGAGUUGAAAGAUACAAUACUAAAGCAAGCAAGGGAAAUUAAAAAUCUUCAGGAAAUCCUUUUCAGACUAAUUUCAGUAGAUAUGAAACACCUGCAGCAGCAACAGGAUUACAUUGAGAAAAGGCAAUGUAAAUCAGAGGCAUCGCUGAGAGAUAUGGCACAGUUUUACCUUAAGUUAAACAGCAAGAUGCAGGAUAUAAUGAACAAGUUAGAUGAAAUCGUCAGAAAAGUAUGUAUGAUAUCUAGCAUGUCAAUAAGAAUUCUAGAGCUUAGAGUUUCCAAAUACAAAUAUCAUAAGACCCUGCUUUAUUUGAAUAUGAAAAUCUUGGCACAAUUUUAUCAUUAUGCACUUACUUCUUAAACUCUGAUAUCCACUAUUUAUUGUUAUAUUCUUUAUUAAAAUAAUACUCACUGUUAAAAACUUGAGGAAUAUAUAUCAUUUUUCACAGAAAAUGCACAUUUUUCUCAAUAUUUUCAGUGAUAUCAAUUGUCAUGAUAAAACAAGGCAGAUUGAAUCAGAGGAUAAAAUUUAGCAGAAUUCUCAAAAAAUACAUUUCUUGUUUCACUUAUGUGAAUGGAUACAAAACCUAUGUUUAUUGAUCCUGUGUAUUUCAGAAUAAAUUUUCAAAAUACUUUAUACUAUGCUGAAAUGCACAUUUUAAAAUAU